GUCCAUGCAAGCGAGCAAAGUGUCCUCCUUCGUGCCACCAAUUUCCAAGGCAUGUCGUACUAGUUUGAUCUAUUCCAACAAGUCAAGCCAGCAGCGAGUCGUUCGUGUGAGACCUGCCUGUCUUGAUCAAUUUCCUGGACAGAAGGAGUAUACAGCCCCUAUUCUUGCCACGCGGUGUGUCGUGUCCAUAGGUACCACAAUGUCAACUGCACAGGAGUGGAAAGGAUAUUAUCACGUCAAGAACUCCUGCGCUUUCCGCUUACUGUGUCCUCCAGUAUACUUGAGAGAUAUUUACUUAUUAGCCGCAUCACCUUAAAACAAGCCCUAUACUUAAGGCGAGGCAUACCGUAUCUAGUUUCACUACCAUCCCAUUCUAGUGGUCGAGACGCGUUGCUUCGUCUUGCCAGUUACAUUGCGGUACACUUUCGUAGCAACACAUAAGGCUACGGUUUUCAACGGCCAUGACAGCACCGCUGCUUCCCCUUCAGUCUACUUCAGCAAACCGCUCGACGUGUCGCGUGGCUGUCGCUAUCAAGUGUAUCGGUGUCUUGUUUGUGCUAUGGGGUAUCGCUAGCUGGGUGCGGCUCUCAGGGCCUUUGAUGGCCUCACCAAGUCCGCUCGACGACAACGGGACCACUACAUUGGUUAUAGAUGGUGAGGUGGAGUAUUUAUCUUCUACCGGCCGGCCGGGAGCGCUUGAGAGCGCUGUGCCCGUCAAAGCCUCCUCGACCGUAAGGAAACAUACGGAUCGUGUUGCAGUGAUUAUUGAGGAUAGGCCGCUGGGGAACCUGGUCCCCAUUCUACUACACUUUCACUCCGUGCUCGGCCCCGAGUGGCCCAUCAUCCUAUACACCUCACCCCCAACAUCCGAGACGCUGCUCACCUCGGCAUCCCUCGCGCGCGCAGUAGCCUCCGCGAGCAUCGAAAUCCGCCACCUGCCUCCCGAAACAACCUUCUCCUCGCACGCCUCCGUCUCGCAGUUCCUCACCUCCCGCUUCAUAUGGACCGAUCUGGCCCCGUACCUCAAGAUCCUGCUGUUUCAGACCGACAGCAUCCUCUGUUCAGCAUCACCUCGCCACAUCGACGAGUUCCUGCCCUAUGACUUUAUCGGCGCGCCCAUCCUUGCGCGCUUCGGCACGGGCUUCAACGGCGGCUUGUCCCUGCGGAACCGCGAGCUUAUCCUGCGCGUGCUCGAUCGUUGGGACUUCGCCGUGGAUAGCGCCGCCGAGGACGCGCCGACGGAAUGGAAGUUCGAGGAUCAGUGGUUUUACGCGCGCAUGCGCGAACUUGGGGAGGACCCAGAGUUGAGGGGCGAGUUGGGCGUCAGCGUGGAUCUGCCCGAUCAGCAGGUCGCGGCGAGCAUGGCUGUUGAGACGAUUUGGGUUGAUGGUGCGAGACCGCUGGGUUUUCACCAGCCGCAACGAUGGCAGAGCCAGCAUAUUGACGAUAUCAUGGAGUAUUGUCCCGAGGUGGGCAUGAUUGCUGGGUCGAGUUUCUUUGGUCGGUAGACGAUGGGAUCCUGCUCUGGAGAUGCUUGCCUGUCGUUUUCUUGUAUACGUUUAAUGAGUAAUUGGGCAUGUGUUUAUUGUUUCCCGAGUGAGCUGCUAGUCUAAACUUAUCAAAGGGAAUCAAUUCUGAUUUACAGUUUUCUAUCUUAUGACGCUAAGAACAUCAGUGCUACUUGUGAGAUAUAGAUGAGGUUUC